AAAUCUUUUUCAAAUGAAAACUCAUACAGAAGUGUCAAGUCAAAGAAGAAAGGGUAGAAGAGCUCAACUCGGUGCACCAUCCAACAUAAGAUAUAAAUUAAUGAGUGCACAUUUAUCAAAAGAUUUAAGAAAAAAAUAUAAUGUUAGAGCAUUACCAGUGAGAAAGGAUGAUGAGGUGACAGUCGUUAGAGGCACUCACAAGGGAACAAAGGGAAAGGUUUCAUCUGUGUAUAGAAAGAGAUGGACAAUUCAGAUUGAGAAAUUGACACGAACCAAAGCAAAUGGAAUGCCAUAUCAAAUACCAAUCAGAGCAUCACAAUGCAUCAUCACCAAGCCAUACUUAAAUGAAGACAGAAAGCAAUUGCUUGCAAGAAAGGCAUCAGCCAAGGUGUCAACAAAAGGAAAGGGUGAGAAGCACACAACUGAGAGCACAAAGAAAGCUGAUUGAGUUUGAGAAAGGUUUUAGAGAAAUUAAUUAUGCAUACAUAAUAAUUUAGACAUUAAGUUUUAUAUUUUGCA